AAGGUUUUCUGUUGGAAGGAGAAGGAAGUCAGAAUAGAGGUAUUGUGGGAUUGGUUUGCUUAGAACAGAAAUCAAAGACCAAGUUUUCUGAGAGAAAGAAAGAACAUCUGCAAAUGAAAUGCUGUUCCUGCAACUUCCAUUGCUAGCAGUUCUCCUCCCAGCUAGUGACAGUAAAGAUGAGUUUCAGGAGCCAGUCUCCUUCAAAAUCAUCCAGAUCUCAUCCUUUUACAACCAUUCCCGGGUACAAAAUCAAGGCUCAGGUUGGUUGGGUGAGUUGCAGACUCAUGGGUGUGAGAGCAACUCUGGCACUAUCUAUUUCCUAUGGCCAUGGUCCAAGGGCAACUUCAGCAACAAAGAGAUCAUAGAACUGGAAAAAUUAUUUCGUAUGUUCUCCGUUGGAUUUCUUCAGGCAUUUGACAACCAUGCCAGUCAAUGGAAGCUUGAAUAUCCCUUUGAGGUGCAGAUGGAAGGAGGCUGUGAGCUGUGCCAUGGCAAAGCCUCAGUAGGCUUCAUGAGGGUUGCUUAUCAAGGAUCAGAUUUCCUGAGCUUCCAGAACAAUUCAUGGUUGCCAUCUCCAAAGGGUGGAAGUAGGGCUCAGCAUGUCUGCAGACUAUUCAAUUGGGACCAAAUAACCCUGGAAAUAAUACAGAGGCUCCUCAGUGACACCUGCCCACGUUUCCUCUUGGGACUUCUUGAUGCAGGAAAGGCAGAUCUCCAGCGACAAGUAAGGCCAGAUGCCUGGCUGUCCACCGGCCCCAGUCCAGGUCCUGGCCGUCUGAUGCUGGUUUGUCAUGUCUCUGGCUUCCACCCAAAGCCUAUUUGGGUGAUGUGGAUUCGGGGUGAGCAGGAGCAUCUGUGUACUCAGCGAGGUGAUGUCUUGCCCAAUGCGGAUGGGACAUGGUAUCUUCGGAAGUCUUUAGAUGUCGAGGCCACUGAGGUCGCUGGCCUGUCUUGCCAUGUGAGGCACGGCAGUCUAGGAGGCCAGGAUAUCAUCCUCUACUGGGAACAUCGCAACUCCGUGGGCUUGAUCUUCUUGGCAGUGCUAGUGCCCCUGGUGCUUCUGACAGGUCUUGCAUUUUGGCUUAGGAAGUGCUGUCUGGCCAAUGAAGUGUACAACUUCUGCAAAGUUGAUCUGAAGCAGUGUGAGGUAGAUGUUUGCAGCUUCCUCAUAGCUCCUUAUUGCCAGCAAAAAUGUGGAUUUGAUGGAAGGACCUCUGGCAACCAUCUCAGAGUAUGGGAUGGCCUUUGGAAUGAGGACCAAGCAUGCUAA